CUGUUCAACUGGCGUACGAAAAGCAACUUGUUUACGCACUCUUGAUAGUUCUACUUGCAGCUAUCACAGCCAAACACUUUUCGAAAAACAUAAACAAUUCCCCGAUAAUAGAAACAACAACACACAAUACAAUGGCCACAACUUUUGUUCAUGUACCGGCUGGAAGUGAUUUUCCUUUGGAAAAUUUACCUUAUGGUGUCUUCUCCACAAAAUCUAAUCCUCGCAAGCGUUUGUGCGUUGCCAUUGGUGACAGUGUUUUGGAUUUGAGUGGUGUUGCCUCUUUGUAUGCACCAGAAGUACAGGAUGCUUUGAACUCGGAAACAUUGAAUUUGUUAAUGGGUCUCGGCUACACUGCCUGGAAUGUAGUACGUUCAAGAACCCGUGAGUUGUUGUUGAAAAAUUCCCAGUUGGAACAAAAUGCCCAGUUGGUGCAAAGUGUUAUCAUUCCUCAAGCUGAAUGUGAAAUGCAUUUGCCAGCUGACAUUGGUGACUACACUGAUUUCUAUUCGUCCAUUCAUCAUGCCACCAAUGUGGGCAUUAUGUUCCGUGGCAAAGAAAAUGCCUUAAUGCCCAAUUGGCGUCAUAUUCCAGUGGGUUAUCAUGGACGUGCCAGUUCAGUGGUUGUUUCAGGCACUCCCAUACGUCGUCCUCUGGGUCAAACUUUGCCAGUUGAUGGCCAACCACCUGUAUUUGGUCCCUGCAAAUUGUUAGAUUUCGAAUUGGAAAUGGCCUUUUUCAUUGGUGGUCCCGGCAAUAAAUUGGGCGAUCGUAUACCCGUCGAAGAGGCUUAUAAGCAUGUAUUUGGCUUUACUUUAAUGAACGAUUGGAGUGCUCGUGAUAUCCAAAAGUGGGAAUAUGUUCCCUUGGGACCCUUUACAGCCAAGAACUUGGGUACUAGCAUAUCGCCCUGGGUUAUACCAGUUGCUGCUUUGGAACCUUUCUUGGUAGAUAAUUUCCCACAAGAACCCGAGGUUUUCCCCUACUUGAAACAUGAAAAACCAUUCAACUUUGAUAUUAAUUUGGAAGUGUUUGUUAAACCCGACAAUGGUGAGGAAUCUCAAAUCUGCAAAUCCAACACCAAAUAUUUAUACUGGACUGCCUUGCAACAGAUCGCUCAUCACACAGUUACUGGCUGUAAUGUACGUCCCGGUGAUUUAAUGGCUUCUGGUACGAUUAGUGGUGAAACAGAGGACUCUUAUGGCUCCAUGCUUGAACUCAGCUGGCGUGGCUCGAAGACAGUCAAUCUUAAAGAUGGUGCUGUUCGUAAAUUCUUGCAAGACGGCGAUGAAGUCAUUAUUCGUGGCCAUUGCGAACGUAAUGGUUUGCGUAUUGGUUUUGGUCAAUGUGCUGGCAAAGUAUUACCAGCUAAACCAUUUGAACAUUAAAUAAAUCAUUUUAGCAUCAUAGAUUCUUAAUAAAUAUUAAUAAAUUUUGAUAAUGUUUUAAAAA